AAAAAAAAAAGACUGUACAUUUCCCCACUCUGGACAGCAGCGUCCAAAUCACAAACUGCUUCGGAGACAAUGAAGCCACUAACCAACUUACAAAGGCAACGGAUUACCCUCAAUCUAUUUGUAGGCGUUGCAUUACUGGCUGUUGGCAGUGUUGCAAGUGCAACGUUCUUACCAUGCCCUGCAUAUGAUAAUUCCGAACGAGCGGCAUUUCUAGAGCAACAGCGAAAACUAAAGGAAGAGCGAGGCGAAAUAGAAGUUCUAGUACGAAAACGACGGAAAGCCAAAGCGAAGGCAUUAGCAGACCAAAAUACUGCAAACGAAGAACAGAAACAAUAGAAUUCCCCUCCUCCCUUCCAAAAGACUUUGCAACAUGGAUACAAUGAUGCAGAGUCUGUUCAUAGACCAGUAAAUAGAUACCAAGUUCCAACUCGGAAUAUAAUAAUAAAGCAUGCAAUCUAACAUUGCAGUCGGCAAUCACUUACUGCCAGCAUACCAAAAACUCGGU